GAAGGAAGGCACUGCGGGGCCACAGGGGAGGGGCUCUCAGGAAAGGAUGGAGGCGAAAGGAGCGGGGCUCGGGGGACUCUGCCUUGCUGUGCUCUGUGUGGGUGUUGCACUCGCCCUCAAGGGAGAAGAUCAGGGGGACAACAACAUCACCCAGCACAGUGAUAUCUCAGAGGCUAUGGGAGCUCCCACCACAGCCACCAGGGAUGUGAGUGGGAUGACAACGAGACCAGUGGGCUUCCCCAGCCCCUCUGAUGCUGGGAACCUCACCACCAUCACUGUGCCACUGCAAGCAGAUGCCCCAGGGAACCAAACCCGAAAUGAAUCGGGCUUCCCCAUCAGGUAUUGGUCCCCCAUCAUUUUUGUGGUCUUUGCUCUGCUCGUGCUCUUCUUCACCUACCGCAGGACCAAAGGCGACGGGUCACAAGAGCCAACCACCUCCAUCAGUGACUUUUCAGAUGAAGCUGCCCCAGAAAAUGACACAGCUUUGAUUGCUCCUCCUGCCCAGAAGAGAUCAGACAACCCUCUGCCCCAGGAGCAGAGCAAGACCACCUCCUGCCAGCCAGCCCCCCCCUCAGAACAGCCUUCCCAGGAGCCCACAGAUCCCACCACUGUAGGCAGUUCCCUCUGCUCUGGGGUUCCUGUUGAUGACUGAAGGUGAAGCAGGGGAACCAGAAGCUUUUGGACACCCUGAAGGAGCACGAGGCCACUCCAGAGGGACAAACUGUGCCAACACACCUGGGCAGAAGACAGAUGGAUGCUAGAGGAUGUGAGCAUCACACACCACCUUGGUCCAGCCAAAGGAUGCUCCAAUGCACGGCCACCUCCCUGCAAAAUGAGGACCUGUGUGGGACACGUGUACAUUUACUGCACCCAAGGAUAGGUCACAGUGGAACCAAUAAAGCAGCCUUUUGCCCCAGAAACCCUGGGUGGAUUUUCUGCACCCUGUGCAUCAAGCUGACGUUUACUCCCACGUGGCCCAGCACACAGGAGGAGUGGGGGCAGCUAAGGACUUACACACAGAGAAAAGGAGUAUGGUUGGAAAUGCUGGUGCUAAAUUACUCAUCUGGGGGAGAAAUCAUGCAGCCCCGUCUGCCUCUUACUCGUCUCCCUCCAGGCACAGCAAAGUGCAACAUGCAGGCCCCCAGGGUGAUGCUGGUGGGGGCUGAGAGUGGGGACUCAAAAAGCACUGGAAAAAACAGCAAAGGGACCACCAGCAUCCCCCCCCAGUGACACAGGUGGAGGUGCAGGUGGGUGCUGAGCUGUGGGUGUUGUGCACAUCUGCUGCUUGCAUGCAGCAGGGUUUGCAGGCUGUGGGGUGGGAAACACACAGGUCCCAAAGGCUUUGGGUAUUUCUUCAGCCCUCUGCUUGUGCUCUGUUCACCCCGAGCCCUUGGCCCUGGAAAAGCUCAAAAUCCCCGCCAUCAUCUCCAAAUCAUUUGUCACAUAAUCCUCAAAAUUUGGCUCCAUAAAACUCCAAACCCACAGCUCCAUAAAGCAAAAGACUGGUCCCAUAAACUGCAAGCCCACAGCUCCAUAAAUCCCAGUUACAUCCCCCAGAAACCCUGACCUUGGCACCAUAAAUCCCCAACCAUUGGCCACGCAAACCCCAAAUCCUCGCUACCCCCCAUCCCCAAACGUUUGGUCCCAUAAAUCCCCAAUCAUGGCCUCAUCAAACCCAACAUUUUGUCUAUACAACCCCCAAACCCACAGCUCCACGAGCCACCAACUCUUGCCUCCAUCAACACCAAAUCCUCGCCUCCAUAAACACCACGAGCACGGCCCCAUAAACCCAAACACUUGGCUCCAUUGACCUCAAACCCUUGGCCGUGUCAGCCUUAGACCCUGGGCUCCACAAACCCUAAAUCCUUUCCCCACACACUCCAAACAUCAGCCCCACAAACCCAUGUCCCAUAGCUCACAGAGCAGGAUGCCAUCCCCCCUCAUUGUGCUCUCUAGAGGUCACAUAUGGCACUGCAGAUGUCA